AUGCUCGGUUUGCGCUCUGCAUUUAAGCCGGACAUCGGUACAACAGCCGCUCAACUCGUCUACGACACGACACUACGCAUUCCGGAAGAGUUUUUUGACGAAUGUCGUCCUCAACCGCAGUCCGAGUUCGCAAAACAACUUGCCGAGGUAAUGCAAGACAUACGUCCACCCCUCACAGCAAACCACGACAAAACCAAACCAUUCGUAUUCAAGCAGCUAGCGGACGCAACUCAUGUGUUUGUGCGAAACGACAAGAUACGGGCGGUGCUUCAACCACCGUAUGAUGGACCAUAUCUUGUAGUGUCUAGACAAAAUAAGCACUUCACUGUUCAAAUAAACCGCGAUAAAAUCAAAAUCUCCAUCGACAGGCUUAAACCGGCGUUCAUCGAAUAUGAUAAUAUCGACGAUCCACCGCAAACGCCGACUCAACCGUCGAAACCAGCGCAAGAGUCUACCACGAACACGAUUACUCCAUCUCAGCGACAUCUUGCCACAUCAACUCAGCCGAUUUUACCCCAAGACACUCCCACAACACGGCAUGGUCGAAAAAUCAGACUUCCCGUCCGAUUUAGGACGUAA